CGCGUCACUUUGUCUAAUGCCAACUUCAACUUUUCAAGACAGCAACUCGCCAGACUUGUCAGCAUUGCUUUUUAGCAAUCAACUAUCAAAAUGCCAUGACAAGUGCGGAGCCGCUUGUGUAUUAUCCCGCAUAUUGCUUUCACCUCUCCCCGACAAUAAACAAAUGGUGUCCACUGCGCGCUAUCGACAUCCAUGGUCUUGAACGUCGACCUGGAUUUGAAGCCGACAAUGUCUUUUUCUCUCUAAACCACCCCAUUCGUUGGGUUCGCAUCGUUGGGGUCGUGGUUGCAAUAGACGAAUAUCAUGGGAGCCGAGUAUAUACAAUUGAUGACAGCACCGGCGCAUGUAUCGAGUGUCGCGUGAAGAUCCCGAAGCCGGCCAAUGAUAAAUGCCAGAACGGCGUAGAUCACGAGACGACCGCAGUACCUCCCGCUCCGGAUCCAUAUUCCGAUAUUGAUGUCGGCAUGGUCGUUGAGGCCAAGGGUAGUACGACGAUCUUUAGGGAUCAAAAACAGAUCCAGAUUCAGAAAUUGCAGCGAGUCAGGUCGACAAAUCAGGAGGUCCAGUUUUGGAACAAGAUUCAAGAAUUUCGAAGAGAAGUUCUAAGCCGACCUUGGGUGCUAGAAAGGAGAGAGAUACGCCGAUGUAAGAAGCAGCACAUGGCUGAUGUGGAUGCUGAGGAGCAUAGAAAAAAGAAGGGGAAGGAAUACGGAUAUUCUCUCGAUCGGAGAACCCAGAGUGAAGAGCGCACGGUCAGAAAUGAGCAUACGAAAAGCAAGCCUACCAAUCAAGAACCUUUGAGUAAGCCGGGAGUCAGGGACGCAUACAUUAACGGUCAAUACGAUGCGUUGGGGUUAUAGAGAUGCGAUGCAUCAUGACGCUCUGCUCUGGUUUGUGGAUGAGCAUGUCAUCUCUGGGCUCAUGGUUGAUGUUCCCGAUGACACGGUGUUUGAAAAAGGGGCUGACAAGUAUCGUUACAGCUACCGUAGUAGGGGUCGUGAUACCCCCUACCUCCUACU